AUGGGAGACGGAGGGAAAUUACUUCAGAAAGGGAAGCUCACGAGAGAGGCAACAAGAAAAGUUUCCCUGGUGGAGCUCAAACCAUCGACCCCCUCAAAGAGAGACAACAAGAAAGUUUCCCCGGUGAAACUCAAACAAUUGACCCCCUCGGAGAGAGGCAACAAGAAAGUUUCCCCGGUGAAACUCAAACCAUUGACCUCCUCAAAGAGAGACAACAAGAAAGUUUCCCCGGUGAAACUCAAACCAUUGACCCCCUCGGAGAGAGGCAACAAGAAAGUUUCCCUGGUGGACCUCAAACCAUUGACCUCCUCAAAGAGAGGCAACAAGAAAGUUUCCCUGGUGGACCUCAAACCAUUGACCCCCUCUAAGAGAGACAACAAGAAAGUUUCCCUUGUGGAGCUCAAACCAUUGACCCCCUCAAAGAGAGACAACAAGAAAGUUUCCCCGGUGAAACUCAAACCAUUGACCCCCUCGGAGAGAGGCAACAAGAAAGUUUCCCUGGUGGACCUCAAACCAUUGACCCCCUCUAAGAGAGGCAACAAGAAAGUUUCCCUUGUGGAGCUCAAACCAUUGACCCCCUCAAAGAGAGACAACAAGAAAGUUUCCCCGGUGAAACUCAAACCAUUGACCCCCUCGGAGAGAGGCAACAAGAAAGUUUCCCUGGUGGACCUCAAACCAUUGACCUCCUCAAAGAGAGGCAACAAGAAAGUUUCCCUGGUGGACCUCAAACCAUUGACCCCCUCUAAGAGAGACAACAAGAAAGUUUCCCUUGUGGAGCUCAAACCAUUGACCCCCUCAAAGAGAGACAACAAGAAAGUUUCCCCGGUGAAACUCAAACCAUUGACCCCCUCGGAGAGAGGCAACAAGAAAGUUUCCCUGGUGGACCUCAAACCAUUGACCUCCUCAAAGAAAGACAACAAGAAAGUUUCCCUGGUGGACCUCAAACCAUUGACCCCCUCUAAGAGAGACAACAAGAAAGUUUCCCUUGUGGAGCUCAAACCAUUGACCCCCUCAAAGAGAGACAACAAGAAAGUUUCCCCGGUGAAACUCAAACCAUUGACCCCCUCGGAGAGAGGCAACAAGAAAGUUUCCCUGGUGGACCUCAAACCAUUGACCCCCUCUAAGAGAGGCAACAAGAAAGUUUCCCUUGUGGAGCUCAAACCAUUGACCCCCUCAAAGAGAGACAACAAGAAAGUUUCCCCGGUGAAACUCAAACCAUUGACCCCCUCGGAGAGAGGCAACAAGAAAGUUUCCCUGAGAGAGGCAACAAAGAAUGUUUCCCUGGUGGACCUCAAACCAUUGACCCCCUCGGAGAGAGGCAACAAAGAAGUUUCCCCGGUGAAACUCAAACCAUUGACCCCCUCGGAGAGAGGCAACAAAAAAGUUUCCCCGGUGAAACUCAAACCAUUGACCCCCUCGGAGAGAGGCAACAAGAAAGUUUCCCUGGUGGAGCUUAAACCAUCGACCCCCUCGGAGAGAGGCAACAAAGAAGUUUCCCUGGUGGACCUCAAACCAUUGUCCUCCUCUAAGAGAGACAACAAGAAAGUUUCCCUGGUGGACCUCAAACCAUUGACCCCCUCUAAGAGAGACAACAAGAAAGUUUCCCUGGUGGACCUCAAACCAUUCACCCCCUCUAAGAGAGACAACAAGAAAGUUUCCCUGGUGGACCUCAAACCAUUGACCCCUUCUAAGAGAGACAAAAAGAAAGUUUCCCUGGUGGACCUCAAACCAUUGACCCCCUCUAAGAGAGACAAAAAAAAAGUUUCCCUGGUGGACCUCAAACCAUUGACCCCCUCUAAGAGAGGCAACCAGAAAGUUUCCCUGGUGGACCUCAAACCAUUGUCCUCCUCUAAGAGAGACAACAAGAAAGAGAGAGGCAACAAAGAAGUUUCCCUGGUGAAACUCAAACCAUUGACCCCUUCUAAGAGAGGCAACAAGAAUGUUUCCCUGGUGGACCUCAAACCAUUGUCCUCUUCUAGGAGAGACAACAAAGAAGUUUCCCUGGUGAAACUCAAACCAUUGACCCCCUCGGAGAGAGGCAACAAAGAAGUUUCCCCGGUGAAACUCAAACCAUUGACCCCCUCGGAGAGAGACAACAAAGAAGUUUCCCUGGAGAGAGGCAACAAAGAAGUUUCCCUGGUGAAACUCAAACCAUUGACCCCCUCGGAGAGAGGCAACAAAGAAGUUUCCCCGGAGAAACUCAAACCAUUGACCCCCUCUAAGAGAGGCAACAAGAAUGUUUCCCUGGUGGACCUCAAACCAUUGUCCUCUUCUAGGAGAGACAACAAGAAAGUUUCCCCGGUGGAGCUUAAACCAUUGACCCCCUCUAAGAGAGGCAACAAGAAUGUUUCCCUGGUGGACCUCAAACCAUUGUCCUCUUCUAGGAGAGACAACAAGAAAGUUUCCCUUGUGGAGCUCAAACCAUUGACCCCCUCGGAGACAGGCAACAAAGAAGUUUCCCCGGUGAAACUCAAACCAUUGACCCCCUCUAAGAGAGGCAACAAGAAAGUUUCCCUGGUGGACCUCAAACCAUUGACCCCCUCAGAGAGAGGCAACAAGAAAGUUUCCCUGGUGGACCUCAAACCAUUGACCCCCUCGGUGAGUGGCAACAAGAAAGUUACCCUUGUGGAGCUCAAACCAUUGACCCCCUCGGAGAGAGGCAACAAGAAAGUUUCCCUGGUGGAGCUCAAACCAUUGACCCCCUCUAAGAGAGACAAAAAGAAAGUUUCCCUGGUGGAGCUUAAACCAUCGACCCCCUCUAAGAGAGACAACAAGAAAGUUUCCCCGGUGGACCUCAAACCAUUGACCCCCUCAGAGAGAGGCAACAAGAAAGUUUCCCUGGUGGACCUCAAACCAUUGACCCCCUCUAAGAGAGGCAACAAGAAAGUUUCCCUGGUGGAGCUCAAACCAUCGACCCCCUCAAAGAGAGACAACAAAGAAGUUUCCCUGGUGGACCUCAAACCAUUGUCCUCCUCUAAGAGAGACAACAAAAAAGUUUCCCCGGUGAAACUCAAACCAUUGACCGCCUCGGAGAGAGGCAACAAGAAAAGUUGCCCUGAGAGACAACAAGAAAGUUUCCCCGGUGAAACUCAAACCAUUGACCCCCUUGGAGAGAGGCAACAAGAAAAGAGAGACAACAGGAAAGUUUCCCUGGUGGAGCUCAAACCAUCCACCCCCUCUAAGAGAGACAACAAGAAAGUUUCCCUGGUGGAGCUCAAACCAUCCACCCCCUCUAAGAGAGACAACAAGAAAGUUUCCCUGAUGGAGCUCAAACCAUCGACCCCCUCUAAUUCCAUUGGUGGAUCUCAAACCAUUGACCUCUUGGAGAGAGGCAAAAAGAAAGUUUCCCUGGUGGACCUCAAACCAUUGACCCCCUCGGAGAGAGACAACAAGAUAGUUUCCCUGGUGGACCUCAAACCAUUGUCCUCCUCUAAGAGAGACAACAAGAAAGUUUCCCCGGUGAAACUCAAACCAUUGACCCCCUUGGAGAGAGUGAGACAACAAGAAAGUUUCCCUGGUGGAGCUCAAACCAUUGACCCCCUCUUAGAGAGACAACAAGAUAGUUUCCCUGGUGAAACUCAAACCAUUGUCCCCCUUGGAGAGAGGCAAAAAAAUAUUCCUCUGGGGGAUCUCAACCCAUUGAAAAAUAGUUCCAUUGGUGGAUCUCAAACCAUUGACCUCUUGGAGAGAGGCAAAAAGAAAGUUUCCCUGGUGGACCUCAAACCAUUGACCCCCUCGGAGAGAGACAACAAGAAAGUUUCCCUUGUGGAGCUCAAACCAUUGACCCCCUCUAAGAGAGAAAACAAGAAAGUUUCCCCUGUGGAGCUCAAACCAUUGACCCCCUCGGAGAGAGGCAACAAGAAAGUUUCCCCGGUGGAGCUCAAACCAUCCACCCCCUCUAAGAGAGACAACAAGAAAGUCACCCCGGUGGAGCUCAAACCAUUGACCCCCUCUAAGAGAGACAACAAGAAAGUUUCCCCGGUGGAGCUCAAACCAUUGUCCCCCUCGGAGAGAGGCAACACGAGAGUUUCCCUGGUGGUUGUUAAACCAAUGACCCCCUCAAAGAGACGCAACAAGAAAGUGUCCCUGAUAGAUCUCAAACCAUUGACCCCCUCUAAGAGAGACAACAAGAAAGUUUCCCCGAUCGAGCUCAAACCAUUGUCCCCCUCGGAGAGAGGCAACACGAGAGUUUCCCUGGUGGUUGUUAAACCAAUGACCCCCUCAAAGAGAGGCAACAAUAAAGUGUCCCCGGUAGACCUCAAACCAUUGACCCCCUCGGAGAGAGGAAACAAGAAAGUUUCCCUGGUGGAGCUCAAACCAUUGACCCCCUCAAAGAGAGGCAACAAGAGAGUUUUCCUGGUGGUUGUUAAACCAAUGACCCCCUCGGAAAUCAGCAAGCACCUAUAUAUAGCACAAGACCACCUUCACAAUUUUUCAUAA